GGUGAUGUCAGGAAUGGAGGAAACUAAUGUUUUGGCUUAUUUUCAGAGUGGGUUUUUUGGAAACCUGGUGGUUGUUUUAUUUUUAAUUUUUUUAAAAAUAGAAGCUUGCCAAACCUGUUGAAAGAUCAACCUACCUAUUUUGCUUCUAUUUUUGGACCUCCUCCUGCAUUCCCACACCUACACCAACUUUUGAUGGUGUGUACGCUUCCAACGUUUGAAAAUUCAGGGUGGAAAACUUUGAGACACAAAACAAAUACUGUAUAAUUCUCAGAACUCCAGUUCCAGCUUCACAUUCGAUUCACAUUUUUAAUAAUUUGUCCUUGUCAAUCAUGUAAACAUAUAGCCAGUUUUAAUAGUUAUUUUCUCCAGCGGAAAACUAGUGACUGUUGCCGAAAUGAAUGCUGAGUCAUAUUAUGAAUAAAACUAUGCAUAUUUCGUGGAGGAAAUCCAUAACCCAUUGCAAAAACGUAGAUCUUGUGGUUUUCAAAAUUCUUUAUUGAAACCGUCUGCCUUCUUUGAUUAGCUUUGGUAAAUGAUUUUUCUGUCUCUUAAAGGAACAAUCACAGCUGAGAAGCUGUUUACUAUGAUGAUGGAUAAAAGCAUCAAGGUUAUGAUCAUGGAUGCCCGGUGCUUAAAGGAUUACCAGGAAUCCUGCAUUAUGAAUUCUGUUUGUGUUCCACAAGAAGCUAUCAGUCCUGGAGUCACUGCUAACAAGAUUGAAGCUAAACUGCCAGACCCUUCGAAGGAGCCAUGGAAGCAGAGGGUCCAGGUGGAUUAUGUUGUCUUGCUGGACUGGUUCAGUUCAGCAAAGGACCUACAAUUAGGCACAACUUUGCGGAGCCUCAAAGACGCACUUUUCAAGUGGGAAAGUAAAGCUGUGCUACGGAAUGAGCCCUUGGUCCUAGACGGAGGUUACGAGAACUGGCUGCUUUGCUAUCCUCAGUAUACAACCAACGCCAAAGUGGCUGUGCCUCAGCGUGGCCAGAAGGAGAACAUUUCUGUCUCUUUGGACUUUACUUACCCGUCGUUGGAAGAACCGGCUCCGGCUCCGGCUCCUCCACCGGUUGUCUAUGUCAGGCCCUCCGUGGUAGAAGCACCUGAAAAACCGGACAUCGCAAGCGAGCAGGAGAAGAAAAUGGAUGUAUUUAGAUCGCUAAUUCCUAGCGGAACCAUUGCUGCUGCACCGACUGGCAUUCUUAGCCAGCCAAUCUCGGCCAUGAAGGUUAUUCCUCAGGUUGAUCGUAGCAAAAAACCCUCAGCAAAAAUUCCCGAGGACCAAAAGGCAAAGGCCGAAAGCCCAGCGAAGGUGAAGCCACUAACUUCCAACGGGAAGCUAGUUCCGGAUCGCUCCACAAAGCCGUCGCUGGAUACGAAGCCCAGCCUAACGGACGAAGAGAGGAGCCCCGGGCACGUGAGGAAGGCGACGGCGGCAGGAAAAAACGAGGGAGAAAAAGAAGAGGCAGAAGAGCUGAGAGAGGCCCAGAGACGGGAAAGAGCAGAAAAGAGAGCCAGCGAGGACCACGGAGACUGGGAAGGCCGAGAAAAUCUCCAGAGGUUUAAAGAAGACCAAGAGAAGAAAGAGAAAGAACAGCCCGCCAAAGGGGUCGACCGGAAGCAAGAUCUGGAGAAAGUCCCCAGAGAUUCGGCUGAGGUGAAAAAGAAAAGUAUGGCUGGGAACGAAAGCCCUGAGAUGAGGAAAGCCGACCUGGACAAAAAUACGGCCGGAGAAAAGGAGAAAAUUGUCUGGACCCCCGAAACACAGAAGCGCAGAUUUGAUGAGGAAUCCCAAGGGCCUCUGAGGGGGGAUUUUGGCUUGAACAAGUCCCAACGAGAACCAUUAACCAGAGCCCGGAGUGAGGAGAUGGGCAGGAUUAUCCCAGGGUUGCCCCAUGGCUGGGCCAAGUUUCUGGAUACAGUCACCGGGACUUUUCGGUACUACCACUCGCCCACCAAUUCAGUCCACAUGUACCCACCGGAAAUGACUCCCUCGGUUACUCCGCCCACUACUCCACCGACUCACAAGCCGAAGCCUCCGUCUGCCGAUCUGCGGGACAGGGAACACUCCAAACUGAAGCGCUCGUACUCUUCCCCAGAUAUCACUCAGGCCAUCCAAGAGGAAGAGAAGAAAAUGAUUCCCACUCCGACUGUUAAUCGUGAGAAUAAGCCUGUGUGCUAUCCCAAAACAGAAAUUUCCAGGCUUUCGGCCUCACAGAUCCGCCAUCUGAAUCCUGUGUUUGGUGGGAUGGGACCUGCUCUGACUGGCCUUCGUAAUUUGGGAAAUACUUGCUAUAUGAAUUCAGUGCUGCAGUGUUUGUGCAAUACCCCGCACCUGGCUGAUUAUUUCAACAGGAACUUCUAUCACGAAGAUAUCAACCGGUCUAACUUUUUGGGGUACAAAGGAGAAGUAGCUGAGGAGUUUGGCAUCAUAAUGAAAGCUCUGUGGACCGGGCAGUACAGAUACAUCAGCCCCAAAGACUUCAAAAUCACCAUUGGGAAGAUCAACGAACAGUUUGCUGGGUACAGUCAGCAAGAUUCUCAAGAAUUACUCUUGUUCUUAAUGGACGGCCUUCACGAAGACUUAAAUAAAGCGGACAAUCGAAAACGCUACAAAGAGGAAAAUAACGAUCACCUGGAUGACUUCAGAGCAGCUGAUCUUGCCUGGCACAAGCACAAACAGCUGAACGAAUCGAUUAUCGUGGCCCUCUUUCAAGGCCAGUUCAAAUCCACAGUGCAGUGUCUGACGUGUCACAAAAAAUCACGGACUUUUGAGGCCUUCAUGUAUUUAUCGUUGCCGCUGGCCUCCACCAGCAAGUGCAGCCUGCAGGAAUGCCUCAGAUUAUUUUCCAAAGAAGAAAAGCUGACAGAUAACAAUCGGUUUUAUUGUAGCCAUUGCAAAACCCGAAGAGAUUCCCUGAAAAAAUUAGAAAUAUGGAAGUUGCCACCGGUCCUUUUAGUACAUUUGAAAAGGUUUUCAUACGAUGGGCGGUGGAAACAGAAGCUUCAAACAUCUGUUGAUUUCCCCUUGGAGAACCUUGACCUGUCACAAUACGUCAUUGGCCCCAAGAGUACUUUGAAGAGAUAUAACCUGUUUUCAGUAUCUAACCAUUAUGGAGGGCUGGACGGUGGACACUACACAGCUUACUGCAAGAGUGCUGCCAAGCAGCGAUGGUAUAAAUUUGAUGAUCACGAAGUGUCCGACAUUUCUGCAUCCUCAGUGAAGUCUUCAGCUGCUUAUAUUCUCUUUUAUACAUCUUACGAACAACGGGCUGCAGAUGUAGCCACUUAAAGGAAGGACUGAAAGAUACGGGCUGCAGAUGUAGCCACUGAAAGGAAGGACCAGGGUAUGCAUUAGUUGGUUGAUAAAUUACUGAGCUGAGACCAAUGUAGAGUUGCCUGAAGAAGGGCUGCAGCAGUUCCUUAUCCAAAAAUGUAUUUUAGUGCUAGUGCUGAAAAUUAAAUUAUUAACUCUGCUGCUUCGUAUGGAAUAAUAUGUUUCAAAUCGACUUAUUUGUAGCUACGCUUGAAAAUUAUAAAUCUUGCUUAGUCCUUUGAAAAGUGUUUAAAAAGUUGGAUUCGAGAUAUCCUAAAAUUCAAAGCGUAUCUUUCUUUCCUCUUUCCCACGUUUAUGGCCUUUUCACACUAACCUUAAAGCUUGAUUCUACUGUGAAUACCUUAGUCAGAGAUAAAGAUUGGAAUGUACGUGUACAUACCGAUUGCAGAAUUGCACAUCCAACAUGUAUAUAAUAAAGAAAUCCAAUCCUUUGACAAGAA